GGACCUGACCGAGGAAGACGAGUUCCUGAUCCUCGCCAAUCGUCCUGUGUGGGAUGCCAUCACUCCGCAGAUUGCCGUCGACAUUGCACGCAAGCAUCCGGCGCGAUCCCACGUAUGGCUGCUGCCAGAGUGCGCGAUCACGUGGCCGCCUAUGGCGUCACCGCCAGCCUGAUGGUCAUGGUGAUCGGCUUUGCUCCCAUGUUCUCCAAGCAGACAGCGCGGCCAGCGCGCGGCUUCAGCGUCCGCGACAGCAUCCACCCGGGCGUCUCGGGCGACCAUCGGUCCAAGUACGCUCUGACGCGCCGCAUGUCCCGCAGCCCCUCGACGCUGAUGGGUGCACUGGGCCCGCGCUCCAGCGUCUCGCAGAUCAUCGGCCCCGACGGCAAACCCCUGCCAGCACUCUACCAUGGCACUGGUGCAUUAAUGUCGCCACCGAUGGCUGCCUAUGAAAUGCCCGACGAUGUCGACGAUUUCCUGUCACUGUCAGCGCCACGCACCCGGCGGCAGCGUGACCGUGAGACGAAUGCACGGCCCGGCGACUCGACCCUGGCCAGGCUCGAGCGCGAGGUGCCGCCGCCCGUGGGCGAGGUUGUGCUGGUGUUCACGGAUGUCAAGAACUCGACCAUCCAGUGGGAGACCAACGAGGUCGCCAUGCGCAGCGCCAUUAAGGUCCACAACAUCAUCAUGCGUCGCAUGCUGCGGUCGAUUGGCGGCUACGAGGUCAAGACCGAGGGCGACGCCUUCAUGGUCAGCUUCCCCACGGUUGCCAGCGCAUUGCACUGGUGCCUGGCCGUCCAGCUCACAUUCCUCUCCGCCGACUGGCCGCAGGAGAUCCUUGACUCGCCCCACGGCUGCCCGAUCUACUGGCCCGACGACGCCAGCGAAUCGGACCGCCAGCUCGUCUACCGCGGCCUGCGCGUGCGCAUGGGUGUGCACUUUGGCAGCCCCGUGUCUGAGGAGGAUCCGGUCACCCGCCGCAUGGACUACUUUGGGCCCAUGGUCAAUCGAGCAUCGCGUGUUAGCGGUGCUGCUGACGGCGGCCAGAUCUACAUUUCACGCGACGUCAUGGACGAGGUCUACGCAAUCAUGGACAUUUUCGAGGCUGCCGACCAGAGCGCCAUCACCGACAUGCGCCAGCUCAUCGACGAGCCGGCGCUAGGCCCGCGAUGUCCAGGCGCUGAAAACCCUGGGACUCUGCGCUUUGCAGGUGGGUGAAAUCAAGCUCAAGGGCCUCGAAUCCCCCGAGCUCGUCUCGCUCAUCUAUCCAGCCGCCCUGCGCGGCCGCAUCGACAUGCAGGUGCGCGAGGAGCAGCGCCAGCUGGCUGCCAAGAAGACCAAGCAGAACGGCACCAGUUUGCCGCAGUCUCUG